AUGCAAAGGCUAGCGCUCGCCGGGACCCGAGCCAUCGUGGACAUGUCGUACGCCCGCCACUUCCUGGACUUCCAGGGCUCGGCCAUCCCUAGCGCGAUGCAGAAGCUGGUGGUGACCCGGCUGAGCCCCAACUUCCGCGAGGCCGUCACCCUGCGCCGGGACUGCCCGGUGCCACUCCCCGGGGACGGAGACCUCCUCGUCCGGAACCGAUUUGUUGGUGUCAAUGCAUCUGACAUCAACUAUUCGGCUGGCCGCUACGACCCUUCCGUGAAGACCCCCUUUGACGCGGGCUUCGAAGGUAUGGGCGAGGUGGUGGCCUUGGGCCUGUCUGCCAGCGCCGCAUACACGGUCGGCCAGGCCGUGGCCUACAUGGCUCCUGGCUCCUUCGCUGAGUACACAGUGGUGCCCGCCAGGGUCGCCAUCCCAGUGCCGGCCCUGAAACCCGAGUAUCUCACGCUCCUGGUGAGUGGGACCACAGCCUACCUCAGCCUGAAAGCGCUCGGGGGGCUGUCGGAAGGGAAGACAGUCCUGGUGACCGCGGCAGCCGGGGGCACCGGCCAGUUCGCCGUCCAGCUCGCAAAGAAGGCCAAGUGCCACGUCAUUGGGACGUGCUCUUCUGCCGAGAAAUGUGCUUUUCUGAAGUCUGUUGGCUGCGACCGGCCCAUCAACUAUAACGCGGAGCAUGUGGGUGCCGUCCUGAGGCAGGAGUACCCCCAAGGUGUGGACGUGGUGUACGAGUCUGUCGGGGGAGCCAUGUUUGACUUGGCCGUGGACGCUUUGGCUACCCGAGGGCGCUUGAUGGUGAUCGGGUUCGUCUCUGGCUACCAGACUCCUACUGGCCUGUCGCCCGUGAAAGCAGGAACACUCCCAGCCAAACUGCUGAAGAAAUCUGCCAGCAUCCAGGGCUUCUUCUUGAACCAUUACCUUCCCGAGUUUCGAGGUGCCAUGGACCACUUGCUCCAGAUGUAUGCGGGUGGCGAGCUGGUUUGUGAGGUGGACACCGGGGGUCUGUCUGCAGAGGGCAGGUUUACCAACCUGGAGUCGGUCUUCCGGGCCGUCGAUUAUAUGUACAUGAGAAAAAACACUGGGAAAAUUGUCGUUGAAUUACCUCCCUCUGUCAACAGUAAGCUAUAA